CAGUCGGGCACCGCAGGGAGGGCCGGAGGCUGGAGCGCCCGCCGCCCGCCUGCCCGCCCGCCGCCCGCGCGUAAAAUGGUCACCUCGGCUGGACAGCUCGCUCUGUUCGCACUGGGUAUUGUGUUGGCUGUGUGUCAAGCUCUGGAGAACAGCACGUCCCCCCUGAGUGCAGACCCUCCUGUGGCAGCAGCAGUGGUGUCACAUUUUAAUGACUGUCCAGAUUCCCACACUCACUUCUGCCUCCAUGGGACCUGCAGGUUUUUGGUGCAGGAGGACAAGCCAGCAUGUGUCUGCCAUUCCGGGUACGUCGGCGCACGCUGUGAGCACGCAGACCUCCUGGCCGUGGUGGCUGCCAGCCAGAAGAAGCAAGCCAUCACCGCCUUGGUGGUGGUCUCCAUCGUGGCCCUGGCUGUCCUCAUCAUCACAUGUGUGCUGAUACACUGCUGCCAGGUCCGAAAACACUGUGAUUGGUGCCGUGCCCUCAUCUGCCGGCAUGAGAAGCCUAGUGCCCUCCUGAAGGGAAGGACUGCUUGCUGCCAUUCAGAGACAGUGGUCUGAGGAGCCCUGAAGAGGAACUUGGCCUGAUUAAAGAAAAAGAAAAAGGCCUUCUUCAGGACAACAACACUGGGGACACCUGAGACAUGCCAGCCGACCUCCCCUCCCUCACCUGCAAUCACCUGCACAGCCUGUUGUCUACUGUGGGCCUUCAAGACUGUGUUGAGCACUCUGUCUACUUGGGGCUUGAAAGAAGAAAUCAGUGGGCCACAAUUUAAAGACUGGUCAAACAAGAACUGCAAAGGGUAUCCUUCCUGUUUACCUGUGUCAGGUAUGCACAUCUGUCAGCGGCUGAGUCCAGGUGUGUGAAGUUGCCUCCUCCUGUCCAUCAUAGAUGCUGGGCUGUAUCUCUUCCCAGUGAGCCACCUCCUGGCAAGAGAAUCCCGCUGAACCCUGGAGGUGCUGUGGUUGUCACUGCCUCCUCUCAUCUGCUUUGUGGCACAGUAAAGUACAGAAGGGAGCAACCUGUUGUUACAUGAAGAUGCCAGUGACAGUGGAACCAUGUCCUCUGGUCAUGAGACUCCCCUCCCCCAGCCAGUCAGAUGUCUUCUACGGACACACGAAGACCUUCCCAGCCAUUGCCACCCUUCGAGAUAAUGUCUUAUUUAUUAGAUUAUGGUUUAAUUUUUUCAUCUCUUAGGCCCAUGAGAAAAGGAUAAACCCCUUCAGACAUCUGAAUUAGUGAUGUAUGUUGCUGGCUGAAAAGUGAGACUGGCCUCUGAGACAAUCUAAGGCUUGGGAAAGCCUCCUGGGAGUGAUGAAGAUGCGACCCCAGGAUAUGUUCUGAUCACAGAGAUUGGGGAUCAGAGGUUAUGCCAUGGAAGACACAAAGCAAGCCAAUCUCUAGACACAUUCUGGUAGAAAAGCCAGCAAACCCAGCUGCAGAGAUUGUCCCUUCUGUUGGGAGAAAGGACAGAGGGGGCCUGUGUGGGUACACAGGAUAAAUAUAAUCCAUCUUCCAAUGCUUGGUGAUUAAAUAGAUUCCCUUCCUCAUGCACCCAACAAGGGCAUCAGUAACAAGCUGUGGCCAUUUCAGGCUGAAUCCAUGCAAGAGACCAGUCCUUUGCUUUCCAUGUGGUUGCUUGGUUGGUUUGUUGCUUUCUUUUUUAAAGGAGAAAUUUAACUUUCCUAUUUAUUUUCAAGGAUUAAGAGAACUAUUCCAGUGUCCUGACUCCACCCCCCUUUGCCAUUCAGGAUGCUGACUUUGUUUUAGCAAAAAUGCUACCAAACUUCUCAUUUUUUCCCCUUGGAAGAAGGCAGACUUGCUCUCCUGAACAUCAGUGCUCGACCCAUGGAGCCUGUCUGUAGAAAGUGGUGGAUCCCUUCAGAUGUUCAUUAAAACUUAGAAACAGAGAAACAGUGAAAUAAUACAUCCACUCAUACGAGGAAGCUCUCCACAAAUAUUUGAAAAGUGAUAGGUUUCUACUUACUAUAAGCUCUUCAGUGCACCUAAUUUACCUCUGAAAGCUGGCUUGAAGUUUCCAUCAGAAAAUGUUGUCUUUGUUCCAAUUCUUCCCAAUUCUAUUCCUAUUGAACUUUCACAUGGUUUGACUUUUUUUUUAUACAGUUCAGGCAAUAGUCUGUCUGACCCGUGUCUUCUCUUUGACACUCAUUACCACGCCUGAAACACUAAGUACAAAAAUUGGGUUUGUUCAGAGUUAUCCCCUAAGUAUAUACUUAACAUAGCUCCAUGAAUUUGGGCUGCAGGGUGGGGUUUGUUGUUUUGGAGACAGGAUCUCACUAUGUAGCUCAGGCUAGCCUUGAACCUGCUUUACUCAUAUCUCAGCCACCAAGUAUUGGGAUUACAGGUGUGUAAGAUAUUUUUAAAUGCUCAGCAGGGUUUUUUAAUUAUCACAAAAAUUUGAUUUAGUUUGCAUUCCUUGGGUAAAUCCUGUUAUGACAGAUAUGCAGAUCAAGACUUGACUUGUAGCCUCCUGCUCAGAGACCAGUCAGCUGACCUUGGUGUUAGAUCCCAGUUCACACUCAACCUUCUCAUCAAACCCUGCUGAGUAUUCAGUCUUGGCUUACAAAGAUCCCUGACAGUGGAGGAGCUUCAUGUGUUUUUAACUUCAGUUUACAAUAGGAGUUUAAGACGAUCUUUUCUAGUCUGUUGGAGAUUCAUUGCUUUUAAAGAGUAUGAACUGAUGUGACCCUGUUUUGUGGGGCUUUCUUCACCUCGCAGAUGAAAGGAUCUAUGUCCCAUGUAAAGGCCAUAUCAGUUAUUGGCAUCCAAGAGACUCUGCAAAGGAGCCACAUAGAAAUGGUUCCUCCUUUCCUGCGAGGGUCUCAGAUGAAGGGUCUCAGUCCUCUCUCUGCUUUGAAGCACAGCUGCCAGUGCCCAACUCCUGCUUUGUGUCAGUACAUCCAAUCAGUGAUUGGGCUCAAGUAUGGGCCUCCCAAGUGCCUUCCAAGUCAGUCCUUGGCAAACUGGAAGGUCUGAAAAGAGCCAGAGGCUGAGGCUGGGUUGAGGCAAUUCUGGUUGAACCAUUGUCCUCACUGUACUAGUGACAGUCUGACUUCUUUGGUGAUUUCUCUUUUAGAGAUCAAAUCUGCUAUUUCAUGACAGUGGUAGUUCUUUAGGUAGAUAUAAAGAAACAUUCUCUUUCCAGGUUAAAAAUACAUCUCCUAGCUUGGCACAGAUGGCUCAUGCUUGUAAUCCUUAUUAUUCAGGAGACUGAGAUAGGAAGAUUAUAGUUUGAA